AUGGGCUCAUCGACUUCCAAGGCGUCGCCCCUGGCGCCGACGUUCAAGCGCAUGGCAGCAUGGGACUUGAAGUCUUCGCGACGAUUGCUGCAGGACUACAAGGACAAGGACUUGGAUUUCGGUCUGGAUGCUCAGGGGCUGGCGGAUCUGCUCGGAGGCGACAAGGACUGGGCUGAAAGCAUCAUUGACGCUUUCAGAAGCCCCACGGGCAUAACUGGAGUGGGUACUGUCCCCUCCGAUGAAGAGCUGGAGACAGUCUCGCUGCAGGCCUACCGCGACCUGAACAAAGGUUCAACUCAAAGUAUCACCAAAGCGGAGUUCAUGAAGUGGAUCAUCGAAUUCGCAAGUGGGGCCGGAGCUCCUCCAACACGCGAGGUGACGCUGCAAAAUGCACUCGAGCAAUUUCGAGUGGUCCCGCCGUCUGCGAAUGCAGAGGAGAAAGAGGAGAACAAUGCUUCUACUCCUCUCCUAGACGACAAUGAGUUCGGCGGCGCUGAAUACGAGAGUGAGCUUGUCCAAAAUGACGAACAGGAGUUAGAGGAUCCUCCACAGCAAGAAACGGAUGCGCCAAGUGAUUUUGUUGGUGAGUACACCAUCGAUCAAGAGCACGACCCUAUUGAACAGACUGCUGGGUUUACAGAGUCCAUUGAGCCUGAGCACGUUGCUACAGAGGUCGACGGGCAGCUUCCGAAUGACGGUGAAGCCACUACCGAUCAAGACAAUGAGCCCAACCUUGUGGAGACGGGGGUGACGGACAGUGCUCCGAUUGACGAUGAAGGCCAAGCUGAAGCAGAGGUCCUCGAAUCUCAAAGCGAUGACCAAAUCAACGAACAAGAGGCCAAUGAAGCGCAGCAAAUAGCAAGCGACCAUUACGAUCCUGAAGUGGAGACUGGAGCCCACCCAGACGACCCUGAAAGUGACUGUCCUACGUUUGUGGAGGACGGAGAUGAAUUGCCACAAGGGUCGGAGUCUUUUACCAACGAGGAACGCGACCAAAAUGCACCUGCGCAGGAGCAAAACGCUGAAUUAGAUGCAGCAGCAUUGGAACCAGCAGCGAGUAUGGACGGACAAGACGACAACGCAUAUAGUGACAACCCCGCCGAAGCACAGGACACUGAGCCAGUUGCUGUAUCCGAAGAAUCGGUGGCGAACGAGCCACCACCAGAGCCGACAAGUGCUGAGGAUGCUGAUAACGACGACCUGGAGUACGAGCAAGAUGAGUUCGCACAAGAAACACCGCGAACAGAACGAGAAGUCGAAGCUGUGGAUGAAACUUCUCGCGGUGAUGUCGUGGAAGCUGGUAAUCCUACAGAAGACCCAGAGCAAAACACGGAGCCCACGGAUGUCCCUAUUGAAAAGGCAGCUGAAAAUCCCAAUCCAGCCACCCCAGAGGCUGAAGCGGAGGUCAUCGCAGCUCAAGACUUUGUGGAUCAAGGCGGCGAAGUACAUGCAGAUGAAGCUCCAGCGCCAAUUGCGCCGCAAGACCAUGAAAAUGCUGAAACAGGAGAAGAAGGAACCUCUGAAGCCGCUGCAAUCGCUGAAGCUGCUACAGUUGAUCCAGUUGAUGCUGAUCCUGCGGAAGACCCAGCUACAGAUCUCAACGCAUUUGAUACUUACGAUUAUGAACAACCACAAUUCGAUGGAAGUAGCGGUCUUCCUCCCCCCGAGCCGCAGGAGCUACUAGACGACAUUGUCAUCGUUGAGGCUGAUCCUGAAGCAGGCGCUGGUACAGAUGAAGCACCCGAAGCUCCAGCUGAGUAA